AUGCACCGGAGCCAUGAGGGCGGGCAGCCCCGGGGACCGGGCCGCCGCGCCCCGGCCGGCGCCGAGGCGGGCAAGGCGGUUUAUAUAGGGUGCCCCGCGCUCGCCCGGCGCAUGGAGCCGCAGCCUUCCUCUCCCGCUCUCUCCUGCAAGGUGAUGCCGCCGGAGCCACUGCCCAAGGGGAGCGUCCGCUGCCUCGACCCACACGCCCGAGCCAUGUCCCAGCCCGACGGAGAGCCGCUUCCAGGUGCCCUGGAGAAGGAGGACGCCCGCUCAGCACCCAGCACACCCUCCACACCAUCUGUCUGCUCCCCGCCAUCCUCCUCAUCCUCCACGCCGUCGGCCGGCAAGAACGUCUGUUCCAGCUGCGGGCUGGAGAUCCUCGACCGGUACCUGCUCAAGGUGAACAACCUCAUCUGGCACGUCCGCUGUCUGGAGUGCUCCGUGUGCCGCACCUCGCUGCGGCAGCAGCACAGCUGCUACAUCAAGAACAAGGAGAUCUUCUGCAAGAUGGACUAUUUCAGCCGGUUUGGUACAAAGUGUGCCCGCUGUGGCAGGCAGAUAUAUGCCAGCGACUGGGUGCGGCGAGCACGGGGCAAUGCCUACCACCUCGCCUGCUUCGCCUGCUUCUCCUGCAAGCGGCAGCUCUCCACUGGCGAGGAGUUCGGCUUGGUGGAGGAGAAGGUGCUGUGCCGGAUUCACUACGACACCAUGAUAGAGAACCUCAAGAGAGCGGCGGAAAAUGGCAAUGGGAUCACGCUGGAGGGGGCUGUGCCCUCGGAGCAGGACAGCCAGCCAAAGCCAGCCAAGAGGGCUCGCACCUCCUUCACCGCCGAGCAGCUGCAGGUCAUGCAGGCACAGUUUGCUCAGGACAACAACCCUGAUGCACAAACGCUUCAGAAGCUGGCAGACAUGACGGGGCUCAGUCGGAGAGUCAUUCAGGUUUGGUUUCAAAACUGCAGAGCCCGCCAUAAAAAACACACCCCCCAGCACACGGUGCCCCCCUCGGGAGCACCCCCGUCCCGCAUCCCUUCCUCGCUCUCUGAUGACAUUCACUACUCACCCUUCAGCAGCCCGGAGCGGGCCCGCAUGGUGACGCUGCACGGAUACAUAGAAAGUCAGGUACAGUGUGGACAAGUGCACUGUAGACUUCCCUACACUGCUCCACCAGUACACCUCAAAGCAGACAUGGAAGGACCACUAUCUAAUAGGGGUGAGAAGGUCAUCCUCUUUCAGUACUGACUGCGCGAACUCUUCCUCACCUGCCC